CCUUUGGUACAGUCAAAACUUAAUUCAGAAUUGCAAGUUUAGUUUAUAUACAAUAAUUAAUAAUAGCGAGUAGCGCGUGUGGGCCGAGAAGAUAGUAUGCAUCCUGUUUGAUAGGAGGCAUCAAGUUGGAUAGAUAGCAGCCAACAAAAUUCAGUUUCCCUCGGACCAGCAUCCCAAUCAAGAUCCUGAAUACCGUUCCUACUUAGAAUUUCCUACGUUUAAAGUGUGAAUUACUAUGGAAAUAGUUUCAUUUUUCUGGACUCUUCUCAUUUUGGGAUGCAGUACUGGUCAAGUAAUAGAUAUCGGUGGCGUGUGGGAAGUAAAAUGUCCACAAGGAUGUUCCUGCCAAGUUUUGCAAUUUUCCGACCUGCCCUUGCAUCAGUGGAUCGACCCAGUAAUUGGGACUCCGGUUGACACCUAUACCAACGUAGAUCCUGAACAUCCCAUGUUCUCCGAACUAUUAAAAUCAGCCACCUGCAUCGUGUCCGAGAGCCCUGAAGAACUUUUAUCUAAACUUCCUGUCGAUGUGCAGGUCUUUACAAUCUUGGAGUCAGGGAAUGGAAACUCUGAGAUCAUCCUGCGAGCAGUUGAUUUACAGCGUUUUACGGAACUGAUAUCACUGGACAUCCAAGGUAUCGAAUAUAAACCAACUACGUCAACUGGCACUUUUGAUAGUCAGACAAGAAAAAAAGGAGGAAUCGUCCUGUCAGCCGACACACUUCUUCCCCUUGGAAUGACACUUUUAUAUUUAAACUUGGAACGAGUCACACUCACUGGACUAAGCUUGACUAAUCGGAAUAAGGCCAAUCUGGUAAUUAAGCCUAUGAGCACACCAAGCAAUGAAGAAAGAACUAUUGCAAUCACUGCCACGAACAGUAGUAAUCGAAAUGGGCAUCGACUGAUUUUUCUGAGUCAGCAAAACUCUGGUGAGAAUGACGACAAAGAAAUUCUACCGUAUGAUGUGUACAAGCAAGAGGUUGAAGGCUACAGAGAAACCGGUGGCCUUUUCACGGGUCUGAGCGUGCUCACUCACUUGAGAGCUUACGACUGUGCACUCAAAGACAUCUCUUGGCACAUGUUCGAUGGCCUCGAAAGUUUGGUCUACUUGUCACUCGAGAGGAACGAUUUGAAAUUUAUUCCCGAAUUUUGUUUUUAUGGCACUCCGAGUCUCAGAUCUUUGUCAUUGGCAAGCAAUCAGCUGCUAACUUUGAAGAGCGUGGAUCUUGCUGGUUUACUGAUGCUGGAACAGCUUGAUCUCCGAGGGAAUAAUCUCACUUUCUUGUCGGAACUUUCAUUUCCUCCAUUCCCAGCACUGAGAAUAGCGGAUUUUAGGGAAAAUCCUUUGGAUGCCGUAUUUCCUAGCACAUUUGAAAUUAUGAAUACAACAAUGAAGCUUUACUUGGGCGGUAAUGGAUCGAAACUUAAACUUCAGAAGAAUUCUCUGCUGGGUCUUCGACAAGUGGAAUUGUUACAUCUGUUUAAUCUUGAAAUACCUGUGCUGGAACGUUUCAUUUUGCAAGGCAUGCCUAGCUUGUUGGAACUGAAGAUGCGAGGGAACGUUACCAGAAUAGACUUCGACGCCUUUUUGGAUCUAAACAAGCUUGUCGACUUGGACUUAAGCAUUUGUCAUAUUCGUCAAAUAUCAAUGGAUGCAUUUUAUGGACUGGAGAAAGUUAAACGAAUAGAUCUGUCCUACAAUGACCUGGAAUUCAUUCCGCCAGGCUUAUUUACAUUGCAACAACAAAAGGAAUUAAAAGAAAUCAUACUUAGUAAAAAUAGAUUGACUACAUUGCCAUGGGAUUUCUUUAAGAACCUGCGUCCUGUUAAUAGGCAACCACAGAUACAAAAUGUGAGACUGGAUGGUAACCCAUGGGAUUGUACAUGUGCAAUGGCUAAUUGGAAUCCAAACUUGGUCAACAGGGUGCGAGAAACUGCGCCGAGAUGUUUUACACCAAAGAGGUUGCUGAAUUGGGGUGUGUUUCAUGCAUUACGCAAAGGUGGGCUCCAGUGUAGACGUCCCAAAAGGCGACCACUUAACCGUAAAUACACAAAAACGGUUGAGUUUGACAAUAAUGAAAUUAGUUAGUUGUACUUUUACGGUGAUGUUUACAUUACAAAGUAUUAUAUAUUUAGCAGUAAGAUUAGUAUUAAUGAAAGUACACAUAAAAAGAUUAGGACAUCGUAGUUAUAUAUUACAAAGAUGGGUUACACCAUAAUUCCAAAGUCCACGUGUUAAUGGAAUUAAAUUCAUUGUUUAAAAUGUAACGAACUCGAAAAUAUAAGUAAAAGAGUA